GUUCGCAGCAAGAGCAAAGCAGCUAAGGCUGGACUGUGUGAGGGAGAUGAGGUGGUGUCUAUCAAUGGCAAGCCUUGUGGAGACUUAACCUAUGCUGAAGUUAUCGUUCUAAUGGAAAGCCUGACUGAUGUCCUGCAGAUGCUUAUCAAGAGAUCCUCCAAUGGAAUAAAUGAAACCUUGAGUGCUGAAAGAGAAAAUGGAAAGCACGAUAACAUAAAAAAUGAGGACUACAGGGAGACUACUACACUGCAAAUUAACACAGCGAAAGAGGUACCCCAUGGAGAUUUAUGCAUCACAGAGAUAUACAGUGAGACUCACCAGGGAACAGGAGAAAGCAACAUACACUUUUCUGAAACAAAACAAGAGACCACACAAAGCCACAGAAUUACUCCUAAAGUGAUAGGCACCUCCAAAGUGCUCAUGACAGAUGAGGCUGCUUUCAGAGGGAAGACAGAAGAAAGAAGGCCAGGUACUAUGGUUGAGCUGCAGUUGUCCCUCUCAAAUGACACGCACAAGGGCACCAAUGCUCCUGCUGUGACUCUCUUAGGGGCAGAAAAAUGCACCCCUUCAGGAACAGGACCCAGUGUACAACAAGACAGGACUAGCCCUGUAGUCGCAAUUCCCCUGGGCGUGAAAGAGGGCAACGUCCAGUGGUCAAGCAAAGUAGUCCAGUUUUCCAGUGGCAAAGAGGUCAAGAGGAUCCAAGGUGCAGCUCCAUCUCUCCCCAGGGUGGAAGUGAUCCUAGACUGUUCAGACAGGGAGAAGGAAGCGCCCAGGUCUCUAGCUGAAAGGGGGUGUGUUGAUUCUCAAGUAGAAGGAGGGCAGUCAGAAGCACCUCCUUCCCUCCACUCCUUUGCAAUCUCAUCAGAAGGCACAGAGCGGGGAGAAGACGACCAGCACUCGGAAAGGGAUCACAGACCUCUCAAGCACAGGGCGAGGCACGCAAGGCUCCGGAGAAGUGAGAGUCUGUCAGAGAAGCAAGUCAAAGAAGCCAAAUCUAAAUGUAAAAGUAUUGCAUUGCUGCUGACAGCAGCUCCCAAUCCCAAUUCCAAGGGGGUGUUGAUGUUCAAGAAGCGUCGUCAAAGGGCAAGGAAAUAUACUUUAGUUAGCUACGGUACUGGGGAGUUAGAACGUGACGAAGACGAGGGUGAAGAAGGUGAAGGUGAAGGUGAAGAGGGGGACAAAGAAAACACUUUUGAAGUGAGUUUGCUUGCAACAAGUGAGUCAGAAAUAGAUGAAGAUUUCUUCUCUGACAUUGACAACGACGGUAAGAUUGUGACAUUUGACUGGGACAGUGGUCUGCUUGAGGUUGAAAAGAAGACAAAAAGUGGAGACGAGAUGCAGACGCUUCCAGAGAGCACAGGUAAAGGGGCCCUCAUGUUUGCCAAGAGACGGCAGAGGAUGGAUCAGAUCACAGCUGAGCAAGAGGAGAUGAAGGCACGCACAGUGCAUACAGAGGAGCGAAGGGAAGCCACCAUGUCAGAGAACUUCCAGAAAGUAAGCUCUUCAGUCUAUCAAACAAAGGAGGAAGAAAUGUCAAGACACCAGACCUGUGUGAGCAAAAGCUACAUAGAUAUGAGCCAGAAUCAUAGCAAAACGGUACAACAAAAUGGCUUUGGCUUAGCACCAGACACAAACCUGUCUUUCCAGUCCUCUGCAGCUCAAAAAGCUGCAUCUUUGAAUAAAACAGCUAAACCCUUCCCUUCUGGGGUUCAAAACCGAGCAGCUGCACCAUUUUCACCCACAAGAAAUGUCACCAGUCCUCUUUCAGAUAUACCAGCACCACCUCCUUACUGCUCUAUCAGCCCACCACCUGAGGCUUUAUACAGACCUGUUUCAGCUCAUGUAGCCAGCAGAGCUGCCCCAACGGCGUGGUCACCCACCGAGCCAACAGAACGCAUAGCAUCCAGAGAUGAAAGGAUUGCGGUGCCAGCCAAAAGAACUGGGAUACUGCAAGAGGCAAAGAGAAGAAGCACUUCAAAACCUAUGUUCACUUUCAAAGAAGCACCCAAAGUAAGUCCUAAUCCUGCCCUGUUGUCCCUUGUGCACAAUGCAGAGGGCAAAAAAGGUACUGGAGCUGGUUUUGAGUCAGGACCUGAAGAAGACUACCUCAGUUUGGGAGCAGAAGCUUGCAAUUUCAUGCAGACUCAAGCAUCUAAACAAAAGGCCCCUCCUCCUGUUGCUCCAAAGCCUUCAGUCAAGGUCUCUCCUACUGCUGGUACUCCAGUUUCACCAGUCUGGUCACCUCCAGCUGUAGCUUCUAACAAGACUCCUUCUUUCCCAGCACCAGCCUCGCCUCAGGCAGCAUAUCCUGCACCACUCAAAUUUCCACAGCACCCUCACUCUCCUGCCCAUCCCCCAAGUACUCUCAACCUAGCUGGUCCUUUCAAAGGGCCUCAGGCAACCCUAGCGAGUCCAAACCAUACACCCAAGACAACACCAGUCACACCAAGCGCUGGAGGAACAAAGCCACCCUUUGAGAUGCCACCAGCUAUGAGUGGAAAAGGAGCACAGUUAUUUGCCAGAAGGCACUCUCGAAUGGAGAAGUAUGUGGUAGAUUCAGAGACUGUGCAGGCAAACAUGGCGCGAGCCUCAUCUCCAACUCCAUCUUUACCAGCUUCUUGGAAAUACUCAUCUAAUGUCCGAGCACCUCCACCUGUUGCUUAUAAUCCCAUCCACUGCCCAUCUUAUCCUCCUGCUGCUACCAAGCCCUCCUCUAAAUCCACUGCUGUUACCAAAAAUACAAAAAGAAAACCUAAGAAAGGUCUCAAUGCUUUGGAUAUUAUGAAACAUCAACCUUAUCAACUCGAUGCAUCUUUAUUUACUUUUCAACCUCCUAGUACUAAGGAAAGCCUUGCUAUUAAGCAGACAUCGAAGUUGUCCACUUCAAAGCAAGCUCUACCUUUAAGACCACCUAGUGCUGGCUCUCCUACCACUGCCCGGGCAUCAUCAGUGUACUCUGUGCCAGCCUACAGUUCACAAGCUUCCUUCCAGUCAAAUGCCUCUAUCCCAGUAAAUGAAUCACAUUCACCUACAGGCUACUCCGCAUUUUCUAAGCCAGAAACCACCACAUCUUCUUUGUUUACUGCUCCGAGGCCAAAAUUUUCAGCAAAGAAAGCUGGUGUCACUGCACAGGAAAGACGCAGUGGACGCUCAUUGUCACUUCCUGGGAGACCUUCAUUCAUUUCUCGAGCCAUGUCUCCUACUUCUCCUCUUGUAUUUCAGCCUGCCCCUGAUUACUUCAGCAAGCCAGACACAGCAGCCGACAGGCCUGGCAAGAGACUGACUCCCUGGGAAGCAGCGGCAAGAUCCCCCCUUGGCCUAGUGGAUGAAGCUUUUGGGCCCCAAAACAUGCAGGAAUCCAUUGCUGCUAACGUAGUAUCAGCUGCUCGCAGGAAAACACUUCCUGAGCCCCCAGAUGAAUGGAAACAAAAAGUUUCUUACGAGCCUCCAGUCCCAAGCGGUAGUGUAGCCGUAUUAGGAGGGAAGCAAUCGGGUAUUCUGCCACCCCCCAAAAGCGCCCUGUCUGCCCCAAGUGCCACCACGCAGGCUGGCUCUCAGCUGCAGUAUGCUUACCACAGUCAAUGGUCCAGAACAGAUCCUGAUAUCACGUCCAUGGAUUCCAGGUCUGACUAUUGCUUGUCAACAGCUGAUUCAAACUACAAUCCACAGCCAAGGGGAUGGAGGCGUCCGACAUGAGCAGCUGAAGGGCCUGGCAUAUUUUCCCUUCUUCCAGCUUUCCAAGCCUUAGAUUUGAGUUGGAGAAGGAAAGUUUCUUGCUGGCCUGACGGUCUCUGAACUAAAGAAAUGAGGAGGCAAAAUUGAAUGGAGCACAGUUUUGACAUAACCGAAGGGCUAGCAGCCUCUAGAAUAGACUCAGUUUUACACCUAACCUAAGAUUGUCCUGUUCAUCAAAAGGCAAAAAUACACGUUUCUUGGGGUGAGGGGCGGGAUGAAAGUGGGGCAACCAAUGUGCCUGAUACAAAAAUCUCGAAAGGAUGUAGAUGGAGACAGUACAAGUGCUUGCAGUUAAGUUAAUGUG